AUUCAAUUUACCUUGGCUUAAUAGAGCAGGCACAAUGAAUAAUCGGUCGCAAUUGAAUUAAUGAGCAACGCGAGAAUCGAAAGCCACUGCCGUCUAGAAGGCAAAGUGCAACGCGGCGGUUGGCGUAAAAGCCUUCUUUGACAUGAUGCACAGUGGUCCGCACAAAGUGAUGCUCUUCGGCGCCGCAUGCACGCAAGUCACGGAUCCCAUCGCCAAGGCAUCCAAGCACUGGCGACUCACGCAGCUCAGCUACGCAGACACGCAUCCGAUGUUCACGAGCGACAGCUUCCCGAAUUUCUUCAGAAUAGUGCCGUCGGAGAACGCCUUCAAUGCCCCGCGCUUCGCCCUCCUGGCGCAGUUCAACUGGACAAGGGUCGGCACCAUAUACCAAAAUGAGCCGAGAUACGCAUUGGCGCACAAUAGACUGGUUUCGGAUUUAGAUCAAAAUGACAUCGAAGUCGUUGAGAGCCAAAGUUUUGCCACGGAAGUCACGACGGCUUUGGAAAAGCUCAAGGGAAAGGAUGUUAGAAUCAUUCUGGGAAAUUUUAACGAAGUGUGGGCAAGAAAAAUCUUCUGCGAAGCUCACAGGUUAAAGAUGUACGGAAGGAAGUAUCAAUGGGUGAUCGUGGGAAUGUACACGGAGGAAUGGUGGCUACGACCGGAUAUCGUCUGCGCCUCCCUCGAGCUCCAGGAAGCCUUACACGGCACUAUUUUAACCGACCUACUUCCUUUAUCAACGGAGCAACAGAUCACAGUCUCCGGGAUCACGCCGGACGAGUACCUGACGGAGUACGACGCACGCCGAGGGACGGAUUACUCUCGCUUCCACGGCUACACGUACGACGGGAUCUGGGCGGUGGCGCUGGCUAUUCAGCACGUGGCCCGCAGGAUACGGCACUUCCGACGCAACCAGACAGUCGCCGACUUCCGAUACCGGGACGAGCUCUGGGAGCGGCUCUUCCUCGAGGCCCUCAAGAACACGAGCUUCGAGGGCGUCACCGGUCCCGUACGUUUUUACGAUAACGAAAGAAAAGCGUACAUCCUACUAAAGCAAUUUCAAAGUGGCAAUGAAGUGAAAGUGGGCGAAUACGACGCAAUUACCGGCACAUUAGAUUUUACACGAGGACAGCCUCUGGUCUGGCGCGGCAAGUCACCACCAAAAGACAGGACGCUACACAUAAUCGAACAUUCUACAGUGAACAUUACGAUUUAUGCGGUGCUUGCUUCGGCUGCAAGCCUUGGCAUUGUUAUGGCUGCUGUUUUCCUCGCCAUAAACAUCAAGUACAGGAAUCAGAGGUACAUAAAAAUGUCCUCGCCCCACCUCAACAACCUCAUUAUCGUCGGUUGCAUGCUGACUUAUAGCAGCGUCAUCUUCCUCGGCUUGGACUCGCAGUUGUCGAGCGUCACGGCUUUCCCAUACAUUUGCACGGCGAGGGCGUGGCUCCUCAUGGCCGGUUUUUCUCUGGCCUUUGGCUCCAUGUUCUCCAAAACCUGGAGGGUACACUCCAUCUUUACGGACGUUAAGCUGAACAAGAAGGUUAUUAAGGACUAUCAGCUUUUUAUGGUUGUCGGUGUGUUACUCUUUAUUGAUCUAGCGAUAAUGACAACUUGGCAAGUGGCCGAUCCGUUUUACAGAGAAACAAAGCAAAUGGAGCCCUACCCGCAUCCUUCUAGCGAAGAUAUUAUAAUCAUGCCGGAGAACGAGUAUUGCCAGAGCAAUCGAAUGACUGUGUAUUUAGGAAGUAUAUACGCUUAUAAAGGUCUUUUAAUGAUAUUUGGCGCUUUCCUGGCAUGGGAGACGCGACACGUCAGCAUACCGGCACUAAACGACAGCAAGUACGUCGGCAUGAGCGUUUACAACGUCGUUAUAAUGUGCGUCACGGGGGCGGCGAUCAGCUUUGUGUUGGCCGAUAAGCAGGACGCCAUGUUCAUUAUGCUGGCGGUUUUCAUAAUAUUUUGCAGCACCGCCACGCUCUGCCUCGUUUUUGUGCCGAAGCUGAUAGAGUUGCGAAGAAAUCCUCAGGGCCAGAUAGACAAGAGAUUUAGGCCAACUUUGAGGCCGAUGUCGAAGGCGCGAAGGGACUCGACGGUGAGCGAACUGGAGGAGCGCCUAAAGGACGUGACGACGGCCAAUCAAAAAUUUCGAAAGCAGCUUCACGAGCGCGAUUCCGAGCUCCAGAUGUACUUAAGAAGACUUGGCGACGAUAGCAUUGUGGACACGCAGACGGCAAUGGACAAGUUAAGUGUGCCGAGGCACGAUGUGACCAUUAAGCGAGAAGGUCCAUCGGUCACCACGGAAACGACCGAUGUCUCCAUGUCCAUGUGCAGUUUAAAUUCAACGACAAACAUCUCUCAACUAGAGGGAGAUUAUGUCAACGUAAGCUCGUUAGAGCAACAGGUUACCAAGAAGAAGACGUCGUUCUCGAACACGACGGUGAGCGGGGAAGGCGAGCGAGCCCCGGUGACGUCGCACGGGCUACUGCCCUCGGCUCUCAAGCAGCCGAGCGACACCGGGGCUGGGAACUUGCGGCGGAGGACGCGAAUCACUAGCUCCGAGACCAAUUGCCGGGCGACCAGCGCCGAGUACAUCGAGGAGUCGCACUCGAACGAGGAGGAUCCCGAGGUCGAGGCCCCGGCGAAAGAUUCACGUCGUUCGCGUCUUCCGACUCCGCCGCCCCCCAAAAACGUCUCCUUCAGCGAACUCCACGAGCAGAGCUAUCUAGAGGAGUCGAUCCUCCCACCGCCCAUGCAAUUCGUGCCCAAGCACAGAUAUGCCGGUAAUUUUUGCGAGCCUGACUCUUCCGACAUUCCCUGA